AUGGAUAAUGGAGCUAGUGAACUUAUUGAUCUGGUGAUUCGUAGCGUACAGCGCGGUGGCUGGCGUCCAGGAAAUACUGUGACGCAGUACAAGGAGUAUGAACGAUCUUGUCAAGCUGACGGCCGUGAAACAUUAGCUUGGAAUGAUUCCAAGGCUGCAUUAACGUGUGUUGUAAAUCCAACUAAUCCAACUGGUGAUUACAUGGACGUGGAGGAAAUGAAACAGUACAUUGCAACUAAUUGCCCUGAUAACCACACGAUCAUUAUUGAUGAAAGCAUGCAACCAUGGGUUGGACCAAAAUGGCGCGAAGAUUCGAAACCCGUCAUAUUAAUUGUUGUGGCCCCUACAUCCGAGCACGCUGCUGAGAUCAAGCGCAAGCAGGUGCCAUGGUCAGUUAAUUCCAUGGCUUUGGCCUUUGUAUCUGCUGUAGUCAAGGAUGACGCUUACCUUCAGAAGACGUGGGAUGUUACGCCCAAGUGGCGUCUACACGCGAUUGAGCAGCUGACUAAACGCUUUCCAAACUGGGAAUUCUUUGGCAAACCCUUCUUAUCAUGGAUCUGGUUGAAUACCAAGUCGGCUGACAUAAGCGAAAAAGCCUGUAAGUUGGCCAAGGAGCAUGGCGUACCUGUUCGCAGUGGUAAACCCGGCUACAACCUUCCUACUUUCGUACGCAUCGCUGUCCGUAGUCCAGACCAGACGGCUGUGCUACUCAAAGCUUGGAAGCAACUUGAGUAA